CCGUGUCAGUUUCGGAGUCUCAGCCCGCUCCCCUCCGCGUCGCAGCCCCGGAGCGGAACCUCCUGCCAAGGCUGGUCGGCUGGCGCCUCUGCUGACCGACGCUCCCGCCUGCCGCCUGGGCGCCCCGCAUCUCCCCGGCCCCUCUUGCGUUUCCUCUGCGGCGCUCUGCUCCAGGAGACUUUCUGUUUGUUUCCUCUUCCCUCUUUGUUGCUUUUGAAAACCAGCCUCGCCAAAGCCCCCCACUCCUCAGGGAGUUGGGCUUCUGGAAAAAGGCGACUGCGGCGCACUGCACCCGCCCUCCUGCGACCCCCCACCCCCGACAGCCGGGGCGCCCACCCUGCCCGCCUGGCACACCGCCCGCGUCUGUUCGUCCGGGAAGCCAGCGAGACCUCAUUGAUGCACCCAUUCCAGUGGUGUAACGGGUGUUUCUGUGGCCUAGGACUGGUUAGCACCAACAAGUCCUGCUCAAUGCCACCCAUCAGUUUCCAAGACCUUCCCCUCAACAUCUACAUGGUCAUUUUUGGCACUGGCAUCUUCGUUUUCAUGCUCAGCCUCAUCUUCUGCUGCUAUUUUAUCAGCAAACUUCGAAACCAGGCACAGAGUGAACGAUAUGGAUAUAAGGAGGUGGUCCUUAAAGGUGAUGCCAAGAAGUUACAAUUAUAUGGGCAGACCUGUGCAGUUUGUCUGGAAGACUUCAAGGGGAAGGAUGAGCUAGGCGUGCUCCCGUGCCAACAUGCUUUCCACCGCAAGUGUCUAGUGAAGUGGCUGGAAGUGCGAUGUGUCUGCCCCAUGUGUAACAAGCCCAUUGCUGGCCCCACAGAGGCCACCCAGAGCAUUGGGAUCCUGCUGGAUGAGCUGGUGUGAGUGUUCCCUCCACACUGAGACCUGGAGAGGGCCUCAUGCCCCUCUUGCCUCCUGUAGACACAGCUCCAAGGAACAGGACUGCUGGGUGGUGACAAUCUUACCCAGCUGAAGGGGAGCCUCGUGCAGGGCUGGGCUUCCACCAUCAGACUUGCCCCACCUUCCUGCCUCCUGAAGCCUUCUUUCCUGCUCCUCAGUACUGGUGGCAUCACUCAUGGAGACCACUGGAUCCUGGUACCAGACUGUCUACCUGCCUUGACCCUGCUCUGGGGAAAGGAGUUCUCCCCUGUCAAGAGCAUGCAGAACAUCCCCUUUCAAGCUUUCCCUUGUGGGGCAUACGUGGCCCUGACCCAGGAGGAACAAUGGACUCUGCCCCACUUACAACCUUCCCUCUCCCCCCCACUCCUUCCGUUGGAAGGUUAGAGGAAAGAUCAAGGAACCAAGUACUUCGCCCAGACGCAAGGGAGGCUUUGUAUGAAGUAGAAGACCAGGGACAUCUUCAAGGGAAAAGUCAAUGUUUACAUGAGACCUAUGGAAACAAAAGCCGGCUGGUGACUGGCCAGCUGCAGGGUCCUGAGGGGCAGCCCUGCCCCUGCUGGGACUUGAGGUGCUAGCUACUCCGUCUUCUCAGCUAACCUCAGAGCUUCCUAGUCCAGGUUGGGGCUUGCAGGCCCCUUUAGAGUGGGCCUGUUCUAUACUCAGACUGAUUCCCAGGGGCUUUUUUUAAAGGAUCAAAAGGGGCCUGGGGAGGAGGGUGUCUGAGAUUAGGGUACAGCAAACACCUUCUUCCCCUCUGUAAAUAGUAUUUUUAUACUUUGUCCUCACCAUCUCAGGCUGUCUACAUGGGAUCCCCAGAAUGGAGUCAGAGUGGUUUCUGUUCCUCCCUGGAGUGGGUGAGGGUGGGAAAAUUUUAUGUAUUUAAAG